UCGUUACGCCAUUUUUGUUGGGGAGCAGUCGUGUUCAGAAAAGGAGGAUUAGGUUCAACACAGGUACAUCAAACGGCACCUCGUACAUUCAUCUCUCUGGGUUGUCUGGCGAACCGGACACCUGCUUCUCCAUCACACUCACACAAUGUCGUCAGAAAACCUGGACUCGGACACUCAGGUGGACUACGAGGACGAAAAACAGGACUCCCAGGAGAAGAAUGCAAACCCGGUGAAGGCGGAGGAGGCCAAGCUGAAGGCCAAGUACCCCGGUCUGGGCCAGAAGCCCGGCGGUUCAGACUUCCUCAUGAAGAGACUACAGAAAGGGCAAAAGUACUUCGACUCGGGCGACUACAACAUGGCCAAGGCCAAGAUGAAGAACAAGCAGCUUCCCGUGGCAGGACCCGACAAGAACCUGGUGACCGGCGAUCACAUUCCCACGCCGCAGGACCUGCCCCAGAGGAAGUCCUCCUUGGUGACCAGCAAGCUAGCCGGCUAGCCUUCAUUAUCCCAGAAGCACCCUCACCCCCCUGGGGCUCCCGGCAAAGGUCCCUCCUCCUCACCCGUGUCCCCGACAUGUCCACUCCCUCCCCUCCCCUCCCCUCCCCUCCCUUCCCCUGUCGUCCCCAGGCACCACUGGCUUUAACAUAUCGGGCAGAGUUGUAUAAGUUAAAACUCCAUUUGCUUGUACGUGGGUGGGGCAGGGUGGAAGGGAUGGAGGUUAAGGCGGCCUACGAGGUUGCAGCCUUCUCUGCCUUCCCACCAUGCACAGCUCUGCCCCCUCUGCGCACUCUGCUCUACCGCCUCCCUCAUGUCUUGGUUUUCCGUGUUCCAAGAUGCAUCACAGUAGGUGUGUGUCAUCAGGCAGGGGUUGGAUGGGGUGAGUUAAUGCACUUUGUAUUCUGUAUAGUACGUUUUGUUUUUUGUUUUUGUUUUUUUUGCAUCCUGAAUGACACCAAAAUGUGUGUGAGGGAGUUAGGAACCAUGAUCGCAGCGUGUUUCUUUGACCUUUUGUGUUCCCUUUCUAUGCUGGUGGCUGGCUACGGCGGGAGGGGUUGGAAGAAAUAUGUGAAUAAUUGCUUGCAUACCAAAUCUGUGAGGGGCAGCUGCCUAGAUUAAGAGUUGUUGAGCAUUCACUGACACCAUAUUGAGAAAUGGAGGAAAUGAAUGGAGGCUUCCUUUAAUCUCAUCCUUGGGUCACCUUUCGUCGAACAAAACCGGAGGUCGUCUGCUACAGCGCACAGGGAUGUGAAAUGCCGCCUUUUUUCUCUCUCUCUCUCUGCUCAUGUUGCUUUAAUUCUCGACUCCCUUUGCUCCUGUUCUCUCUAAAUAUGCUGCAUGAUUGUAACAUGUAACAAAAAAGAAAUUUAGCACGUUUUUUUAACGGGAUUGUGGCAUCGGCUUAACGACAGGAAGUAUCAAAACAAACACAUGAAGCCCUGAAAUAUCCACAGUCUCACAUCCUUCUUUUUUUUUUCCUUUUUGCUGUCCUGACAAUCCAUGUACACACACUCUUGUCAGCGGCCCAGGGCAAGAGCCAGCUGAGUGUAUCCUUGUAUAAUUUUUAAAGGCUGGGAACGCUGCCAGUGUCUGAGUUCAGUCUUAGUUCGGUUGCUGUUGAGUUGCAUCAAGACGUGUGUUUACUAUGAGCCUAAAAGAUUUGUGGCGGGAUUGAAGCACCCUGCAUAGAGUAUAUGGUUCAGUAAAUAAUACCCCAACAAGCACGUAAUAUGUAAUAAGCUCAGUGCUUUAAGGACCAGACCAGCUAGCAUGCCUGAGAGAAAUGGUAGUGCUAAUAUUGACUCACUUGGGAUUACAACCUGGGAUUUCUGGUUUGGAAAUUCCCUGCUUUACCAGCUGAGCUAAAUUUCACACUGCAGCUAUCCGGCUAAGAGACCAUGGAUACACUUGUCUUUCUAACGUGUCCGUUUACACCUAAUCAUCUAGCUCACCUUGUGGCGUGAUGAGGCAGACCGCAGGCCGAGGCGGUCUGGAUCAGCACUGUGUUUGGAUCUCAUGGAGAUGCGAACAGUGAUGCGACCACCAUCCAGGCAUCUUACUUUCCUGUCGUCUUUGAAAACACAGAUCCGAACACCGCUAAGGGUUAGCAUUUCAGUGUCACACGUGAACGCAUGUAUUCGACACGCCUGCCAUAUCCCAUCACACAAGUCACAUUAAAAAGACAAAAGUAACCACAGUCAUAGCCUUAAUAGCUGUGUCCCGCAGUGGCGCGUGCGAUUAAAAAAAAAAAAUUAGUUUUCAGACAUUUGGGACAGAUCAAAAGAAUGGCUAAUUCUAGCUGCUUGUUAUAGCUGAAAAUGGACGUUGAUUUCUCAUCUUCUGUGGGACAUUGUUUUCUCCGUCUUUCAAGACUUCCAGAAUAUAUAUAACACAGUCAGACGUAGUGGUUCCCCUGAUGUCUUACCCUCUUUGGCAACGCACACUGUUUCCACUUGCUUAAUAAAGAACGUAUUUUUCUAAAAAAUGUUCUUUAUUAAGCAAGUGGAAACAGUGUGCGGGUGUUUCUCCUUCCUCAUACGUUUCUACUCCACCUACGCAUUUGUCACAAAGAUCACUCAGGUGUGCAAGAGAUUUUUGUUGACCUGCAGUUCACAUUGUGAAACACUAACUUAUAUAAAAAAGAUUACUGCUACUUUACGUCCCUAAAACAUUAGCUGGAAUACAGACCUACUUCUGCUACCAGCACCCAGUAGAAUCAUGUUUAUUUCCUCCCAAACUGACACACUACACAGACUGAUCUUGUGUCAGAGGUGGAAAACAGCAGGCAACCUGAUAACCACAGGUGUCAGCCCAGCUCCCAACGUCGUCAUCGCAGGCUUAAAGUGGGAUACUUGCAUGCCUGCCGGAUGUGCUCACUCUAACACUUGGCGAAGCAGAGAGAUUUUGUAACACACGGUGAGGGGGCAAAGUGUGAGCACAGUGCUCUGUGCUCAAGUCCCACCUGUCGAUGUGGUUCAAACCUCUGAAACAGGUCAAAGGAGCCAUCACCAGAUCUGCAGGCUUGGAAUGUGCGCCGUCCACACGUUCAAGAAUCAAAACUGGAUGCCGGCGCUCAUGAGAAUCCGCCUCCUUGUAUAUCGCUGCUUCAGGGAACCUUCACAAAUGCACACUCCACCACGUAGGCUAGGUGAUAGGGUGAAUGCACCAUCACGUUCUCGACCUCGUUUGCUUUUCAUUGAGACUUUAAAAAUGUGUCAAAUUUGCAGUGGGUGAAAGCGAACUGCACUGUAUGUAUGUGCUUGCUAUGGUGUUGUAUGAAUGCACUGCUUUUCUCUGUUCAUUGUAAAUAGACUUCAACAGGAAGGGAUUUUUGUGGGUUUUUUUUCUUCCCCCCCACCUGCUUCUCACUGUUUCAUAGCCUGAGCUACGUCUGAUUCAAUGGUUCUUCUCCUUUCAGUUUAACACAAGUUCUGCUCUAUCUUAGUGUAUUGCAGAAGCUAUGUGAAUCUGUAUCAUAUGAAAAUAUGUGUAAAUGCUGCUGAUUCAGUCAAACACAAAUCUAAGAGGUGAUGCCCUGUAAAGAACACCUGUCCUCUUGAUUCUACCAGUCCGACUCUCUUCUUCCCACCCACGUUUCAGAGUCCUGUAGCUCCAGUGGCAAAGUCGAUUAAGUUUCACAGUGUGGUAAACUUCAAUGGAAAUUCUACCACUAAAUUUUAAAGCUGCGUUGUUAAAUUUGAUCCAAAUUGCGGUCUGACCAGAGCUUAAAAGAAAAAGGUCUGGAACACUUUAUGUCACUUUGACCGACAAGAACAUGUAAUUUAGCAUCGUAUUCUGUUUUAAUAAACCCACAGUUUACGGCUUCAACGAGUAAAGAUUUCUAAAAGAAAUGGGUGGAAUAAGCUAUGACAUGUUGUAGGAAACAAAGCGGACAGGAGUUCUUGAACGCUACUUGAUGUUUGGCUUUGCACGGAGCAGGUCAACUAGAGCGAAAUAGCAGGGUAUGUUUCAGACCCGACACGCAGGGUGUCUCUCGUUCAGCUAUGAUAAACACGUGCCAGAAUGUAUAAAGAAAUGACAGGCUUGGUGCUCUGAAGUACUUUUGUGCUGCUUUUACCUUAAUCUGUUUUCUUGUUGUUUUGCAAGUAAAUGUUUUCUUUUUUUUUUUUUCUUUUCUUUUUUUUCUUUUUUUUUUUUUCUUGUGUUCUCUUAUUGCAUAAUUAGUCUAUUUCAUCUUGGCCCAAGAUAACUGCAGGGAAAUCAGAGGCACCCUUGCUUCCAAGAAAAAAAAAAAAAUAAUAAGGGUUUACAUGAAAAGAGGACGACUGGAGAACACAAGAAUUGAUUUUAAGAAAUUCAGAAAGUACAGGAGUACUUGGAAUGUUUUCAGUUGCGUGGGAGUAGGUGAGAGGAUUUUUGUCAGUAUUUGAAAUA